AUGUUUGCUCCCCCGGCGGCGCGUGCCAUGAAGGUGCUGGAUCGCAGCUUCUUCAAGAAGACGAUCCCCACCUCCGCUGCCCGCAUCUUCAACGCCAAAGACAUCUCGCGAUGCCGCAAAGAGCUUACUGCCAGCCGCGACACCCUCCCCAACAAUCGCGUGGACCCGAUCAGGCCGGACGUGGAUUCGGAGAGGGCGCAGAAGGGCGGCAAAUGCUUGGUGCUGCGGCCAGAGGUGGUUCACAACGAUCGCACCACGUGGAGCCCUAAGCUGCGCGACCUCGAACAAGACGGCACCCUGGGCGUCAUACCCUUCCAGCUCGACCUCGACUACGAUUUCUUCACAUACUCGGAGAUCACGAGCGCCAUAAUACCGCCGCCCGAGACGAAGCAGGAUGACGAGAUACCCCAGGGCUUCGCGCUGGCGGGCCAUGUUGCGCACUUGAACCUGCGCGAGCGAUACUGGCCGUACAAAUACCUCAUCGCAGACGUGCUGGCGGACAAGAACCCCAUGGUCAAGACAGUCAUCAACAAGCUGGACAACGUCGGAACAGAAAAUGCUUUCCGCACGUUUCAAUACGAAGUUCUGCAUGGGCCCGACGACAUGAAUGUUGAGCUGCGCGAACAGGGCUGCACGUUCAAGUUCGACUUUGCAAAGGCGAGGCAAUAUGCGACGAUCAUGGCCGGCGUGGGACCCUUCGCCAUACCUGCGGGAAAGAAGAAGUGCUUCGUAUGGGCCAACGACCUCAACCCCGAGAGCUACAAGUCGCUGGAGGACAACAUCCGCAUCAACAAAGUGGGAGACUUUGUGACGCCGCGCAACACCGAUGGCGCAGACUUCAUUCGACAGUCGGCAAUCGACCUGCUCAAGAGCGAACGCUCGAUCCCAAUAUACCCCAAGGUCAAAUUCUCGAGAAGCGCACCACCAACGCAGAAACCAGUGCCUGACAGGACACUCGUCCAACCACGCACGUUCCAGCACUACGUCAUGAACCUGCCCGCGUCCGCAAUCACCUUCCUCCCCUCCUUCAUCGGCUUGUACUCCAACAUCCCCGGCCUGUCCAUCGGCGAGGCCAAGAAGCUCUUCGCGCCACACACGCAGCAGAAGCUCCCCAUGAUCCACGUGCACUGCUUCAGCACCAAGAGCGACGACAACGUCGCCGAGACGAAAGAGAUAUGCGCCGAGAUAUCGCGACAGCUGCAGUGCGAGAUGACGCCAGAAACACCCGAUGUCAAUAUCCAUGAUGUGCGCGAUGUGGCGCCCAAGAAGCGCAUGUUUUGCGCGAGCUUUAGGCUGCCGGAGGAAGUGGCUUUCAGGGAGAUAUAG